AUAUUAUGUCCAGGUUCAUCCCCCUUUCCACCACCAUUACCAAACCACAACUAGCCAACCUUCAAUCCCAUCUCCCAACAUCAUUCCAACCUCUUUCCAGAUCAUUGAUCAGAGGUAAACAAUAUUCAAUUUCUUCCAAACUUCAAUUCAAUAAUUAAUAUGUCGCGCACUUCACGUUCGAACGACUCAAUUUGUUUCCAAAUCGAUUCAACUUUCCAUUCCAUUUCCCGCCAUCUCAAUUCACCUGCUGCUAUUCCACUGCAGCUAAUGGAUCAACAAACCCCUACCGAAACCAACGGCAGCAACGAAAACAACAACAUCGAGCAACACACGAAUAUUGGAACCAACGAUGAAGAAGAAGAUGAAGAAAACUUUCGUAUUUUGGGGCAUCCAAUGCAUCUCAAGAGACAAAGAGACGACAGCAAUAACAGUAACAACAGUAACGGUACCAGUAACAGCAACGGAGGUACAACAACUGAAUCAUCCUGCUCAUCGACGUCAUCAAAACGACGCCACAUCGAUCAAGUAACCAGUCUCGAAUCGCGUAGACAAGCGGUUCGAGCCUGGGGGAACCAGUCGAUCCAGUCGGCUGAUCCGGAUAUCUUCGAAAUGCUAGAGAAAGAGAAACAGAGGCAGUACAAAGGUAUCGAACUAAUCGCUUCAGAGAAUUACGUAUCUAAAGCAGUUAUGGAGGCUUUAGGUAGUCAUUUAACUAACAAGUAUUCUGAAGGAAUGCCUGGUGGAAGGUAUUAUACUGGGAACAAACACAUUGACGAGAUCGAAUCGCUCUGCUGCCAACGCGCAUUGGCAGCGUUCGAGCUUGAUAGUAAUAGUUGGGGGGUGAAUGUGCAGCCGUACUCAUGUACGUCUGCGAAUUUUGCGGUUUACACUGGGUUGUUAUCACCUGGUGAUAGGAUAAUGGGGUUGGAUACGCCUUCGGGUGGGCAUACUAGUCAUGGGUAUUAUACGCCGAAUGGGAAGAAAGUGUCGGGGGCUUCGAUUUUCUUUGAGAGUUUUUUGUAUAAGGUUGAUCCGAGGACGGGUGUUGUGGAUUAUGAAAAGGUUGAGGAGAGAGUGAUGGAUUUUCACCCCAAGAUACUUAUUUGCGGUGGGAGUGCGUAUCCUAGAGACUGGGAUUAUGCUAAGUUUAGACAGAUUGCUGAUAAAUGCGGCGCGGUUUUGAUGUGUGAUAUGGCUCAGAUUAGUGGUCUCAUUGCUGCCAAGGAAUGUGCAAGCCCGUUUGAAUUCUGUGACAUUGUAACUUCGACUACACAUAAAAGUCUACGUGGUCCUCGAGGAGGGAUUAUUUUCUACAGAAAAGGGUAUAAGCCGACAAAACGAGGCAUGCUUUUGAAUCAAGGUGAUAGUAGUGACAAGUAUGACUUUGAAGAAAAGAUAAAUUUUGCUGUAUGUUCUGCGCUUCAAGGCGGACCACAUAACAAUCAUAUUGCAGCCCUUGCAAUUGCUCUAAAACAAUUGGCUACACCUGAGUACAAGGCAUAUAUGCAACAAGUUAAGAAAAAUGCUCAGGCUUUGGCCUCUGCUUUACUCAGAAGAAACUGCAAGUUGGUCACAGGAGGGACCGAUAAUCAUAUGUUACUUUGGGAUCUUAGAAACUUCGGAUUGUCCGGUAAAAACUUUGAGAAAGUAUGCGAGAUGUGUCACAUUACUGUCAACAAGAUACCCAUAUUUGAUGAUCAUGGAACUAUGGUCCCUGGAGGUGUGAGGAUCGGUACACCUGCAAUGACCUCACGAGGCUGCUUGGAGUCGGAUUUUGAAACGAUGGGCGGGUUUCUGUUUAGAGCUGCUUUAAUCGCGAGGUCAAUCCAGAGGGAGCAUGGUAAAAUGGCAAAGGGGAUCCUGAAAGAUGGUCUGGAGAACAACAAAGACAUUGUUGAUCUACGUACGCAAGUCGAAAACUUUGCUACUCAAUUCGCAAUGCCCGGGCAAGAUGUGUAGCUAGUGAACCCUUUUCGUCGACGUAAAUUGUACUUUGACAACCCUUUAUUAGUCUAAUCUAAUGGUACCAAAUAUUUAUAACACGGUAUCAAUUUUCUUGGUUGUAUCUGUAAGAACCUUGAUGGGUUAAUAGGGUAUUUUUAAAAUUUUAUUCCAGUUUA